CCUUGCUGAGGGACCAAUCUUAGCAGAAGGGAGGCGGGAGUUCUGAAUGUCACUUAGCCGUGAAACGGAAGAUGGAUCUUAGCCGAGGACUGGAGAAUUUGCCUGUGACAGUAUGGCCGCGGCUACUUGAGCCUCUGGAAUUUCAGUAUAGCCCAGAUCACGUGGCUGUAGGAGGAGGUGGGCCAGACCCCUCAGAAAUCUCCAUUCCUGGAUGCAGCUGUUGGUCUGCUUCCUGCCUAGUCUCCACAUGUUCAUGUUUUCGUUAUGGAGAAAAUUAUAACAAUUCGUUCAUCAAGUGUGAAGGGAAUGAAUUAAAUUAUUCCAAGCCUGUUUUUGAAUGCAACACUAUGUGCCAAUGUGGAGAGUUGUGCCAAAACCGAGUGAUUCAAAGAGGCUUGCAAUUCAGACUUGAGGUCUUCAAAACAGCUAAAAAGGGCUGGGGUCUUCGCACUCUGGAGUUCAUACCCAAAGGACGAUUUGUCUGUGAAUAUGCUGGUGAGAUCUUAGACUUCAAAGAAGCAUGUAGAAGGAUACAGUUGCAGACAUCGAGUGAUUCAAAUUAUAUAAUAGCAAUAAGGGAACACAUGAGUGAUGAGCAGAUAAUAGAAACUUUUGUUGAUCCCACAUACAUAGGCAACAUAGGUCGAUUCCUGAACCACUCCUGUGAGCCCAACCUCUUUAUGGUUCCUGUCCGAAUAGACUCAAUGGUACCCAAGUUGGCACUUUUUGCUGAUCGUGAAAUUUCUGCAGGAGAGGAACUUUCGUAUGAUUAUUCUGGAAGAUACCAUAAUUACUUGCCAGAAAAAGAUCAGGAGAAGCUGCAACAAGCCAACAGAUCUGAGAAGCCCUGUUAUUGUGGGGCUAAAUUAUGUACAGGUUUCUUGCCAUAUGAUAGUUCUAUAUUCUAUAAAGAAGAUACAGCAAGCUGUGCUAAAGAAACAUAAUAAAAUAAAAUAAAAAAUAAA